AUGGUGAAGGUUUGGCUUGCUGAAUCUGGAGCUGUCUGUACACCGCGUUCGUUUUGUUUGGAGAAGUAUGUGAAGGAAAUAUUGGAUGAAUUCGUGAAUGAUCCAGUAAAGCGCUUAAAAUGCUGUUUGGUAUUUCUUGGAGAAGUGUUGGCAGAAGACAUUAGACUAAGCGAUGUAAAGAACAUGGAAGAUAAGUACACACUACAUAUUAUGGUCCGUUCCACUUCAGAUCCCAUGCCAAAGUUACAGCUGGAUAACAAAAAAUUGCAGGAAUGUCGAGAGAAAUUUCAGUUCCUAAGAGCUUCUAAACGCAAUCGCGAAAAGAUAAUUGACGAGAUGAACAGAGACGAUUUCAUGGGAGCUCUGCUAAAAGAAUUUCCGCUUUUGAAGAAGGAUCGAAUGGCACUAAUAGUGGCCAAAGAUUUCAUUCUCUCAGGUGCCAUGAUUAUGGGAAAGCAGAACAUGGAGGAAAUCUUUCUUCACGAUCAUCCGAUAUUAGUAGAUGUAAUACAUCAUUGGUUGCGUGGCAUUAAUGUACCACCCAGGAUGUCCCAUUCUGGCUCAAGCGCUUCGUUAUCAGACAAUCCAACACCAGCUUCUGGACAUAGUGGUUAUGCACCCAUCGUAACUCCACAAAUGUUGCAAGAGGCAGUUGCGCAAGCAAUGAGAAAUGUAGGAGGAAGUAGAAUCAGUCAAGGACUUUCAUCAUCCUCUACGUCAUCGUCUCGAAAUUCGCAUCAUUUUCCUGGUACACUUUCAGCAUCUGGCUCUACACAGUACACUUCACAAAUGGCGCAACUGGCUGAUUUUGGCUUCACAAACACCGAAGAAAAUAGGCGGAUUCUUGAGGAAACUGGUGGGAAUGUUGAACAAGCGCUAGAAUUAUUGAUUGCUUUACGGGAAUCAGUUAUGGAUCUGGGCGAUACGUCAGACAGUUGA